CAGGAAGUUCAAAUGCAAGUGAAAAAAAUAGCCUCCACUUCCUGUGUGAACACUUCUUAGGGAGGGGCCACUCACACACACACACACGUUCUUCUGGACAGAUCGAUUCCUCGGUACCGGUUCUGGUUCUGCUGCACCUGUUACCCACUAUCUUCCUCCGGGUUCGAGCGUCUGGCCUACAUACUGCAGUGUUCUGGUGGUUCUGGUGGCACCAGGUGGUGGUGGUGAUAAUGGCUGGUGAGCAGGACUCGGAGCAGGUGCAGAUAGGUGAAAAUAAAUUCAUCAGCAAGAGUGUGAUACUCUCUCACCUCAAAACCUACAACCUUUACUACGAGGGUGAGGCUCUGCAGCUGCGCCACAGAGAGGAGGAAGGAGAGCUGAUCAUCGAGGGCUUACUGAACAUCUUCUGGGGACUGCAGCGUCCAAUCAGACUGCAGAUGCAAGAUGGCAAGGAGCCAAUCAGACUUGGUCCUUCCCCCGAGGGGCAUGGCACAAGCCCUGCAGAGUCUGAAAAAGACCAAAUAAAACUGGCUCCACCCACCAUUGAGGUCACAGGCCCUGUGGACCAAUCAAAAGACAACAACAGUGAGACAGCAGAAGAGACAGGUGAGGAGGAGGAGUCAGCACACCUGCAGAGGACCAGGAGUGAUGUGGGUGUGAGGAGACUUGGUGGGCGGACAGCACUUGGCAACCAUCGACGAAUCAGGAGACACAGAUGUUCAUUUAAUGGGCAUUACUAUAACCACAAGACGGCAAUUUUCACGCCAGCAUAUGGCUCCGUCACUAACGUUCGCAUCAACAGCUCAAUGACGACGGUGCAGGUUCUUCGGGUCCUUCUCAACAAGUUUAAGAUCGAGAACAGUCCAGAAGAGUUCAGUCUUUUCCUCCUGCACACCAGCGGAGAGCGGGUCCAGCUAAAGCGAGAUGAUCACCCGCUGUCCGUUCGGGUUCUGCAGGGUCCGUGUGAACAGGUCAGCAAAAUCUUUCUAAUGGAACCGGACCAGGUGGAGGAGAUCACCUACGACGUGGCGCAGUAUAUUAAGCUGGAGAUGCCAGUGCUGCAGAGUUUUAUUAAUAAGCUGAAGGAGGAGGAGCUUAGAGAGAUGAACAAACUGAAACAGAGGUACAGUGAUAUGCGCAGUGUUAUUAAGAAGCACAUGCAGAGUUUGGCGGGUGAGACGGUGUGUUAGAGUCUACAUACUGUCUCUGUCUUUCUCAUCAUUCUUAUUAAUAUCAUUUUAAGAGAUUUACACAACUACCAUUUACCCCGUAACAAAUGUUCAUACAUAGUUUAAUACUUGUUUAAUUACAGUUAUUAAUCAGGUCAAACACACCUAACAAAUAAUUAAUAAGCAGUAAUAACUUAUUAAUUAAAACGACAACUGCAUUUUACAUUCAUUUACAGUCAGUGUUAGAUAAAUACAGUAUAUUUUUCUACAGAUGUAUGAAUCAUUGUGCAGAAUUAUAUUUGUAAGUGUAAUAUAAUAUUCAAAACUGUAACAGUGCUGGUGAUGUUAUGUUGUGUACAGUGUGUAAUUUUAAGUGACAGUGUAUAGUAAGUUUCUUGGCUUAUGUAUAACGAUGGUACUUUUUAAUUGUUAAUAAAAUAUAUUUAUAUAAAUA